AUGUUCAGGAGCGGCAUUUCCUUGCUUACGCGGGCGUCUCGCCCUGCCGCCUCAGCAAUCAGUUCGCGACUUGCUAUUCAAUCUGCUGCUCUCCGGUAUCCUGGCGGCGCUAGAUUUGCUAGCUCUGGUAGCGUCGGUGCGGGAAAGAUUCACCAAGUGAUUGGUGCUGUCGUUGAUGUCAAGUUCGAUACCCCCAAACUGCCUGCUAUUCUGAACUCUCUCGAGGUCGACAACCACGGGAGCAAGCUCGUUCUUGAGGUCUCGCAACAUCUCGGUGAGAAUGUUGUGCGUUGCAUUGCCAUGGAUGGCACUGAAGGUCUCGUCCGAGGUGACAAGGCCACCGAUACGGGAGCUCCUAUCACUGUCCCUGUUGGUCCUGCCACCCUAGGUCGGAUUAUCAACGUUACUGGCGACCCCAUUGAUGAACGCGGCCCUAUCAAGACUGACAAGUUCCUGCCUAUUCACUGCGAUCCUCCCGAAUUUGUUUCUCAAUCAACUACCGCCGAGGUACUAGUUACUGGUAUUAAGGUUGUUGACUUGCUCGCUCCUUAUGCUCGCGGUGGGAAAAUUGGCUUAUUUGGUGGUGCUGGCGUUGGUAAAACUGUCUUUAUCCAAGAGCUGAUCAAUAACAUUGCUAAAGCUCACGGUGGUUACUCGGUUUUUACGGGUGUCGGUGAACGCACCCGCGAGGGUAAUGAUUUAUACCAUGAAAUGCAAGAGACUUCUGUUAUCCAACUUGACGGAGAUUCUAAGGUGGCCCUGGUAUUUGGUCAGAUGAACGAGCCCCCUGGUGCCCGUGCAAGAGUUGCCCUUACGGGUUUGACGAUUGCCGAGUAUUUUCGUGACCAUGAAGGCCAGGAUGUGUUGCUUUUUAUUGACAAUAUCUUCCGGUUUACUCAGGCCGGUGCCGAGGUUUCUGCCCUCCUAGGCCGCAUUCCCUCUGCUGUUGGUUAUCAGCCCACUCUUGCCGUUGAUAUGGGUGUAAUGCAGGAACGCAUCACCACAACCGACAAGGGCUCGAUUACGUCUGUUCAGGCUGUUUAUGUUCCUGCUGAUGACCUAACUGACCCUGCCCCUGCUACCACCUUUGCUCACCUGGAUGCCACUACUGUUUUAUCGCGUGGCAUUUCAGAAAUUGGCAUUUACCCUGCUGUUGAUCCUCUUGCCUCUACGUCUCGUAUGCUUGAUCCUCGCAUUGUUGGCCAAGAACAUUAUGAUACUGCUACCCGCGUGCAGCAAAUCCUGCAAGAGUAUAAGUCACUUAAGGACAUUAUUGCAAUUCUUGGUAUGGAUGAAUUAUCUGAGGCUGAUAAGCUUACUGUUGAGCGUGCUCGUAAAGUCGAGCGGUUUUUGAGUCAGCCGUUUACCGUUGCCCAAGUUUUUACUGGCAUUGAGGGUCAACUAGUCGAUUUAAAAGAUACUAUUCGUUCUUUUAAGGCUGUCUUGGAUGGCGAGGGUGAUAGUCUUCCCGAGGCCGCAUUUUAUAUGGUUGGCAACCUGGAUUCUGCCAAGGCCAAGGGUGCGAAAAUCCUGGCAGAUUUGGCUAAGAACUAG